AUGGAUGGGCUGUUUUACUUUGACCCUGUGACCUUUUACCAAGGGGUCGCUUUUCCCUUUGCUCUUCUGUUUAAUUUUCUCUGUGCCAUGGAUUCAUUCUCCAUCACUGCCAGACACAUCUUCCUCAUCCUGGGAGGCUGCCUGCUUGCCUGGAUGGCCAUGGCCCAGUACGCGGUGCUAGUCUUCAUCCCUGCUUUCUGUGCUGUGGCCCUCUUCCAGUCCGUCCAGCCAGAGAAGGUUCACUGCUGGACGUUCUCCUUCCAGAUGACCUGGCAGACCCUUUGCCACCUGGGACUGCACUACACCGAGUACUACCUUCAAGAACCUCCCUGCAUGAGGUUCUGUAUCGCCCUUUCUUCCCUCAUGCUCCUGACCCAGAGAAUCACCUGGCUGUCUCUGGACAUCAGUGAGGGACGAGUGGUGGUACAGGAAGCCUGGCGAGGCCCCCGCCUCCUGUCCUUCUGCAGCUAUCUACUCUUCUUCCCGGCACUUCUGGGCGGUCCCCUGUGCUCCUUUAGGAGGUUUCAGGCUCAAGUGAGUCGGCCCGAGGCACAGUGGAGGCCGCCGUCCUUGGGCCCUGCCGCCAGGAGGGGCCUGCUGCUCCUGGGGCUGCAGCUGCUGAGAACCUGGGUGAGGGGGCUGCUCGGAGCCGGCGGCAGCCUGGCCGACUGCCACUGGCUCGGCUGCGUCUGUGUCAUGUGGACCACCGCCGCGCUCUUCAAGCUCACCUAUUACUGUCACUGGAUCCUGGAUGAAUCUGUCCUCUGGGCAGCAGGCUUGGGCCCGGACUCCGACCCAGCCCUCCACGGGGAGGGGGACGUCUCGGACGCAGACAUCUGGACCCUGGAGACAACGCACAGGCUCGCCCUGUUCACCAGGACUUGGAACCGCAGCACCACGAGGUGGCUCCGGCGGCUGGUAUUCGAGCGGGCCGAGGCCUGGCCGCUGCUGCAGACGUUCGCCUUCUCCGCCUGGUGGCACGGGCUCCACCCGGGCCAGGUCUUUGGCUUCCUGUGCUGGGCGCUGAUGGUGCGAGCCGACCACCUGAUUCACGGCUGUGCCAAGGUGCUGAUCGCCUCCUGGCCGGGCAGGCUGCUCUACCGGGCCGUCACCUGGGCCCACACGCAGCUCAUCGUGGCCUACAUCCUGCUGGCGGUGGAGCUCAGGAGCGUCUCCGCGCUCAGGCUGCUGGGGGCCUCCUGCAACAGCCUCUUCCCGCUGGUGUCCUGUGUGCUCCUGAUUCUGUUAGCAGGGAGGGAGAAGCGAGCAGGAGCCUCCCCGGCCCCUUUCACCCAAUAA